CUCCCGCAGCCAUGGCUGUGUCCCGGCUGCCGCUGCUCCCGCUGCUCCUGCUGGCGGCCGGCGGGCUGCGGGCGGCGGAGAGGAGCGGCCGCAGCAGCAGCGCCAUGGAGGAGCUCGCCACCGAGAAGGAGGCGGAGGAGAGCCACCGGCAGGACAGCGUGAGCUUGCUCACCUUCAUCCUGCUGCUCACCCUCACCAUCCUCACCAUUUGGCUCUUCAAGCACCGCCGCGUCCGCUUCCUCCACGAGACCGGCCUGGCCAUGAUCUACGGACUCAUAGUUGGGGUGAUCUUGAGGUACGGGACUCCCUCCAGCAGUGGCCAUGACAAGCCGUUCAGCUGCUCGCAGGAGGACAGGCCGUUCACAACCCUGCUGGUCAAUGUCAGCGGGAAGUUCUUUGAGUACACACUCAAAGGGGAAAUAAGCCCUGGGAAGAUCCACAAUGUGGAGCAAAAUGACAUGUUGAGAAAGGUAACAUUUGACCCAGAAGUUUUUUUCAACAUUCUGUUGCCUCCUAUUAUUUUUCAUGCUGGUUAUAGCCUGAAGAAAAGGCACUUUUUCAGGAAUUUGGGGUCCAUUUUGGCUUACGCCUUUUUAGGAACAGCAGUCUCUUGUUUUAUUAUUGGGAAUCUUAUGUAUGGGGUUGUGAAACUAAUGAAGUUGGUGGGUCAGCUCUCUGAUAAAUUCUAUUAUACAGACUGCCUCCUCUUUGGAGCGAUAAUAUCUGCCACUGAUCCAGUUACCGUGCUAGCAAUAUUUAAUGAGCUGCACGCUGAUGUUGAUCUCUAUGCCCUUCUGUUUGGGGAGAGCGUGUUGAAUGACGCUGUUGCCAUUGUAUUAUCUUCAUCUAUAGUUGCCUACCAGCCAACAGGUGAAAAUACCCAUGCUUUCGAUGCAGCAGCGUUUUUCAAGUCCGUUGGUGUUUUCCUGGGAAUAUUCAGUGGUUCUUUCAUGAUGGGAGCAGUGACAGGGGUUGUGACAGCUCUGGUGACGAAGUUUACCAAGUUGCACUGCUUCCCCCUGCUGGAAACGGCACUCUUCUUCUUAAUGUCCUGGAGCACUUUCUUGCUUGCAGAAGCUUGUGGAUUUACUGGUGUGGUGGCUGUCCUCUUCUGUGGGAUUACCCAGGCACAUUAUACAUACAAUAACUUGUCAGUUGAAUCAAGAAGUCGCACUAAGCAGCUCUUCGAGGUAUUGCACUUUCUGGCUGAGAACUUCAUAUUUUCUUACAUGGGUUUAGCACUGUUUACUUUCCAGAAACACAUAUUCAGCCCAGUUUUCAUUAUUGGAGCUUUUAUUGCAAUCUUUUUGGGAAGAGCUGCACACAUCUACCCCCUCUCCUUCUUGUUGAAUUUGGGCAGAAGGCAUAAGAUCAACUGGAGCUUUCAGCACAUGAUGAUGUUCUCAGGUCUCAGGGGAGCCAUGGCAUUUGCUCUGGCUAUACGAGAUACUGCUACCUACUCACAUCAAAUGAUGUUCUCCACAACUCUCCUCAUCGUCUUUUUCACUGUGUGGAUUGUUGGUGGGGGUACAACUCCCAUGCUGUCAUGGCUGAACAUCAGAGUUGGUGACCAUGUUCCAUCGGUGGAAGAGAUGAGUGAAAGCCGCUGGCUGUAUUUCAGGGUUGGGGUUGACCCAGAUCAGGAUCCUCCACCUACUAAUGACAGCUUUCAAGUCUUACAAGGAGAUGGCCCGGAUUCUGCAAGAAGGAACAGGACAAAGCAGGAAAGUGCUUGGCUCUUCAGGCUAUGGUAUAGCUUUGACCAUAAUUAUUUAAAGCCAAUUCUCACUCACAGUGGCCCUCCAUUGACCACAACUCUACCCAGCUGGUGUGGCCUGAUAGCCCGCUGUCUGACAAGUCCCCAGGUUUAUGAUAAUCAGGAACAGCUUAGAGAAGAGGAUUCUGAUUUUAUUCUGAAUGACGGUGACCUUACUGUGACAUACGGUGACACAACAAUAACUGCAAAUGGUUCAUCUGGCCCCCAUACAGCUACCACUAGCCUUGAUGGCAGGAGAACAAAAAGUAGUUCAGAGGAGGCACUGGAACGUGAUUUGGGAGCAGCAGAUCAUGAAGUUACAAGCAGGGGUACUCGGCUAGUAUUUCCUCUGGAAUACAAUGCAUGAUUACUGACUCAGUAAAAAUAACUCUUGCUCUGUGAAUGGAUCAAGGAAGACUGCAGGCCACUGUGUCACUUGAGGUGGGGAAGUUUAUUCAAACAAGUUAACAUGCGUAAGUGGUUUUACUAGGGUCUGAAGAUGUCACCUAUUUUUCACUCAAGAUGCUGACAGUGGGGUUUUCUAAAUGUCUGAAUAUAGACAAAUGAGAAAACUGGUCAUUCUCCUCUUUUCAACCACAUAUUGAAUCCAAGUAUAACUGGCAUGCUGCAAUUGUCUUGUUCAGCUGCAGCAGCUCUCUCUCUGAAGAGAGGUACAUGAAAACAUUGUCAUAGAACUGAGUUUGUCUUGACUUAGCUUGGGAAUGUGGAGGAAGAGCUAUAAACUUGAUCAUUAUUAUGAGACAAAAAAGGAUGUGUGUUGUCUGAAUGUAGAGAGAUUCAUUGUUAACUUCUCUCCUGAGGCUGAGGAAACUAAAGUGAAAUGGGACAGAAUACAAUAGGACUACAGAUGCGUGAAUGAAAGACUGAGUUACUGUUACUGCAAGCUGUACUUGAAAUAUUUCAGGGAAAAAAGGGAAAAGAAGAUUUCUUCGCUGGCCAGCUGUUUAAAUAGGAAGGCAAUGAGAGCUAUUUCUCCCUUUAGCUUUGGGCAACUUGACUAUUAACCUAACUUCUAGUGCCUCGAACGAAAAACAUCCAGCUUCCUGUGGUCUAAGAUGCACCUGACCCAACACAAGCCUGGGGCCAGCCUCUUUUGGGUAGCAGUCAUGAAAUAAAAUUUUCUUUCCCUUAAGGUUCUUAAAUCGUACGACAAUAGUUGAAAACUUGGGCAGGGGAAAACAGCAAAUAGGAGGAGAGAGAGAGGCAGUAUUGAACUUGCAUGGAACCAUGAGGUUUCAUAUUGCUCAGAAGAAUCCAUGGACUCUGCUUACAGUUCUUGUGUGUGAUAAACAGCAAACAUCUAAUUAAACAGAAAAACAAAUACUACUGGCUUUACCAUUCAUGACUAUCCUGAAAGAAUGCUGUUUACUCUCGUUCUCUUUUGCAGAGUAGAUGUGAAACUUCAGUGGGGCAUUGCACAACAGCAUAUAAGCUACAGAAGCGAUGAACUGUACUAUCAUCUUAAAUGUGAAAAGGGAAAAAUCUCUGACUAGUAUUUAGCCCACUUACACGUAGGCUAGCUUUAACUUAUUGCUAAAUGCUUUUUAAUUUCCAGAUGAAGAGAUAAUCAUUGUCUUUGCCAAUAGCUGAAAAUGUAUGCUUUGAAGAGCAGUUCAGCUAUUUAAAGCAUGCUAGAAUGUGACUUCAUUCUCAUGUCUCAAAAAGAUUUAUUUUUUUAAAGAGUUCUGUGGCCCACUAAUGUGAUGUAAUAUCAAUUUGUCCAAAAAGUGUGUUUUUUUUCUUGAUGACAUUUCAGUUGUUCCUCUCAUAAAACUGUGUGUGAGUAAAUACCCACUCUGUUGUUCCUUACCUAUUAAACUUAUUGGGCUAACCUUGGUACAUGAAUUUACUGCUGCA